AUGUCGUCCCAACAAAUUUGCGUCGCUCGCACUACAUUCGAUGCCAUCAUCGAUCAAUACAUUCAAAAACAUCACGAGACAAAAAGACCUAAACUAUUCGUUACCCAAGACAUGUAUGAUGAGGCAAUCCAAAUACUCCGUAAUCCCGAAAAUCUACAAAUAUCAAACAAAAAGACUAGACAUUGGGUAAAUCAUAACGAAACAAUCUUAUUAUUAGAUGUUAUACCUGAGAAGACAAUAGCACUCCGAGAAGCUGCGCUCUCACAGAGCAUAACACAGUUUUCUGGA